AUGUUCUAUGAUCUCCCUUAUUGGUCUUCACAUAGUUUGCGACAUUCCAUUGAUAUCAUGCAUACCGAAAAAAAUGUGUUUGAGAACAUAUUUUUUACCAUUGUUGGGGGCAAGAAGUCAAAAGAUCACCACAAGGCAAGGUCGGAUUGCAAACACUUCGGUGUGUUGCCUCAUUUGUGGAUUGAUGAAAAUGGCAAAAAACCAAAAGCUCCGUACUCUCUUAGUAGAAAACAACUCAAACUUCUAUGUCAGUGGAUUGAGUCGUUGAAACUUCCAGACGGUUAUGUCUCAAAUAUAUCUCGUUGUUGCAAUGCUAAGGAGUGUAAGUUUUUUGGAUUUAAAUCGCAUGAUUGUCAUAUUUUCCUUCAAAAAUUGUUGCCUCUAUCAAUUCGCGAGCUUCUACCGGGACCAAUUGUGGAUGCCUUGACAAUGAUUUCCAAUUUUUUUCAAGAAUUAUGUUCAUCUGUGAUUACGAUAUCCGACUUGGAUCUAAUGACGAAAUCGGUUAUUAGAGCUUUGUGUUUAUUGGAAACAAUUUUUCCUCAGACUUGGUUUGAUUCGAUGGAGCAUUUGGUAAUACAUUUAGCAGAAGAAAUUAGACUAGCAGGACCCGCUUAUUGGCAUUGGAUGUAUCCAAUUGAACGGUUAUUAGGGAAAUUUAAACAAAAGGUUGGUAAUAAAGCGCGAGUCGAGGGUUCGAUUGCCGAACGUUAUAUGGAAGAGGAGAUUCUUAAUUUUUGUUCCUUCUACUUUGCCACGGACUCAAUUCAUAAUAAAAUACGUCGCAAUGAAGCUCGUUUUGAUGGUGAUGGCUCCGAAAAAUUAGAAGUUUUUGAAUAUCCAAUUGAAUGUCUUGGUAAAGAGGGAAGUCGUUAUUUGACCGAUAAAGAGCGAAAGUUAGCAGAAGAAUAUGUACUUCUAAACUCUCCAGAAAUUCAACCUUAUCUAAGGCGGUUUACAGAUCGUGUUAUGAGUCAACGUCCGGAGACAACACCUCAACAAUUAGAUUGUUACAUAAAGACCCGAUUUAAAGAUUGGUUAUUGAAAAAGGUUGGACGAAAUGAUGUAAACCGACCUCUUCUUCAAUAUUUGUUUGAGGGACCGGCUAUGCGGGUAAUGACAUUUGAGACUUGUAAAGUCAAUGGAUACAAAUUUUGUACGAGAACAUCUUCCGGUUCCGGUGUCAUUGUUAAGGGCACUUCGCAUGAUAACAAUAGUGAUUAUUAUGGACAAUUGGAGGAAAUUGUCAAGCUUAUUUAUCGAGGAGGAAAUUAUGUAUAUUUAUUCAAAUGUAUAUGGUUUGAUAGUGUCGGAAAUGGUGUUGUGAUUGAUAAAAAUAGGGUCGUGACCGUGGAUAUUACUUCAAGAUUGAAGUCGGAUGAGAUUUUUAUUUUGGCUAGUCAAGCUUCCCAGGUUUACUAUGCUCCCAGUGUAUUGAAUCCACAUGGCAAAUAUUUUACGGUCGUCAAGUCUAAAAGUCGUCCGAUAAGCGAAUCUAUCAAAAUAUCAAAUGAUAUUGAAGAAGCUUAUCAAGAAGAUAGAUCAAAUGCUACUAGUGCAUUCUCUAUAUUUGUUGAUUUUGCACAAUAUGGUUCCUUACCGUUCGUUCGACAUGAAGAAGAUGAACAAGAAGAAGAAGACAAAGAUGAAGAAGAGUAA